AUGGCUGAAGAAGUAAAUAAGAAAGACAUCGAUACAAAGGCUGAGGUUAAACCCGAUCUUGAUGAUCUCUCAAACCAAACUGUUCAAUUUAGGAUAAUAUGUGGGUCCUAUGAACAUAAUAUAAUGUGCAUCUCAUUGUUACUAAGGAAGAAUGUUCCACUGUUUCAGCCAAUUUUCCAUUUAGAAGCCCAUUCUUUGUCUAUUAAAGCAUUGGAUGCUGCCAAAAGAUAUUUGGUAUCCGGCGGUAAUGACGAGCACAUAAAAAUAUAUGAUUUGCAAAAAAGAAAGGAUUUGGGCACUUUAUUGUCUCAUCAAGGUUCUGUAACCUGUUUGAAAUUUUUUUCAAAGCAAGGGAAGUGGCUUUUAUCCGGAUCUGAAGACAGCAAAAUCAUUAUAUGGAGAACAAGAGAUUGGGAAAGUUUUGGUGUUUUAAAAGGGCAUACAGCCAGAAUUAACGAUUUAGCAGUUCAUCCCUCAGGAAAAAUUGCUAUUAGCUGUGCAGACGAUAAAACAAUCAAGUUGUGGAAUUUAAUGACAGUUAAAAAGGCAGCAAAUUUAAAAUUGAAAUAUUUCCUGCAAAAUGGUCAAUUUGUUAGAUGGUCUUUGAAUGGAAAUCAUUUUAUUGUUUCUUUAUUGGAUACUGUUUUAAUUUAUGAUACAAAUGCUGCAAAAAUUAUAAAUCAAUUGAAAUUUAAGAGGAUAACAAUAAUGCGUAUAGAAAAUUAUGAAAUUGAUACCAUUGAGUACUUAGUUAUUGGUUUAAGCAAUGGGGAAAUUCAAUUUUAUAAGUUAUCUGAUUUAGUAAAGAAGCAAAAAAUUGAAAAUAAUGAAGAUGAAAACGAGAAUAAUAGGGAAGAUGAAAACGAAAGUGAUGAAUAUGAUACCAAAAGUAAGAGAAAUGCCCAAAAAGAUGAAAUUAUAAGCAUGAUCCCAUUGGAUUUAGAACCCAGUUAUAAAUUUAUAGGGCAUACAAUAAGAAUUAAAGAUUUGAAAUUCUAUCAAGAUUUCUUGACAAAGAGAAAGUUUUUGGUCUCGAUAUCGUCAGAUGGAAAAAUUGUUGUUUGGGAUCUUAGUAUUAAAGAAGAAAUAGCAGUUUAUAAAACAGAUGAAAGAUUGAAUUGUUUGACAGUAAUACCUGAAACAAUUGAAAAAAUUGAUACAAUGAAAAAGAGAAAAUUAUCUAUCUCACAAGAGGAUUUGUACAAUUAUAAAACUGAUAAUGAAACCGAUGGAGAAGAAAUAAGAAACAUUUUAUUGAAUAAUAAUGAAAAUAAGAAAAACGAUAAGAGAAAUAAAAAACCAAAAUACAAAAAACAUAAAAAAAUCAUAGCAUUAGUUAAAAUCAUAAUAAUAUUAAAAUGA